AAUCGAUUUAGUACGAAGAGGAAAAACGACCCCCGCGUCCAAAAAACCAUCGACAAGGCAGAGGGAGAUUAGUAGUAGUAACGACAGUCCUUCAAACAUUACGCAGCCAAUCGUCGGACAAAACUCCAAGGUUUGGCCAGCAGAGAAAUAAAAAAAAAAAAAAAAACAGAAGAAGUGUCAACGCUGCAAGUGAAGAUAUACCACACAGAACGUGCAGCGCAAACGAAACGAGUGAAAUCGCAGCCUCAGUCAGUGUCAGCACCCCCCGCCCCAAUAGCGCCCAGCAUCGAGAAUCGAACGUUUCCACCCCCAAACAGAAAAGUGCACGGCGCCAACCGCGUCGUUGACAUCAAGCCCCACAUAGAGCACCAGCAAAGGCAGAAACAUCAACAGUAAAGGCAGCACGAUGGCUUUCGCCGGAUUGAAGAAACAGAUCAACAAAGCGAAUCAGUAUGUGACGGAGAAAAUGGGCGGUGCGGAGGGCACCAAAUUGGAUUUGGACUUUAUGGAUAUGGAACGUAAGACGGAUGUGACCGUGGAGCUGGUGGAGGAGCUGCAGCUGAAGACCAAGGAGUUUCUGCAGCCAAAUCCAACGGCACGGGCUAAGAUGGCCGCCGUCAAGGGCAUAUCGAAGCUAUCGGGACAGGCGAAAUCGAAUACUUAUCCACAGCCCGAGGGUCUGCUGGCCGAGUGCAUGUUGACUUAUGGUAAGAAGCUCGGCGAGGACAACAGCGUGUUCGCGCAGGCGCUCGUCGAAUUUGGCGAAGCGCUGAAACAAAUGGCCGACGUCAAGUAUUCGCUGGACGACAACAUCAAGCAGAACUUUUUGGAGCCUCUGCAUCAUAUGCAGACCAAAGACCUAAAGGAGGUCAUGCACCAUCGAAAGAAGCUGCAGGGCCGGCGUCUCGACUUUGACUGUAAGCGUCGUCGGCAGGCCAAAGAUGAUGAAAUUCGUGGUGCUGAGGAUAAGUUUGCCGAGUCACUGCAAUUGGCCCAAGUGGGCAUGUUCAAUCUAUUGGAGAACGAUACUGAACAUGUCUCACAACUCGUGACCUUCGCUGAAGCACUCUACGAUUUUCACUCUCAAUGCGCCGAUGUGCUGCGUGGCCUGCAGGAAACGCUACAGGAGAAGCGCGCCGAGGCAGAGAGCCGGCCACGCAAUGAGUUUGUGCCCAAGACGCUGCUCGAUCUGAACUUGGACGGCGGUGGCGGCGGCCUCAUUGAUGACGGCACGCCGUCCCACAUUAGCUCGAGCGCCUCGCCGUUGCCCUCGCCGAUGCGCUCGCCCGCCAAGUCAAUGGCCGUCACACCAAAUCGCCAGCAGCAGCCCUGCUGCCAGGCCCUAUACGAUUUUGAUCCAGAGAAUCCCGGCGAACUGGGCUUCAAGGAGAACGACAUUAUCACGCUACUCAAUCGCGUCGACGAUAAUUGGUACGAAGGUGCCGUCAAUGGCCGAACCGGCUACUUCCCUCAGUCAUAUGUCCAGGUGCAGGUUCCUCUGCCCAAUGGCAAUUAAAACCCCCAUGUAUUGAGAAUAUUUCAACUGAAUGAUUGUUGGUUUCGUCGUCGUCAUGCGGCGUGCAGCUUGGCACAUUGCUUAAAUGCAAAAACAUACAUUACGUAGAUGGUUAAAUGCGGAUUAAUAUGGUUAGAGUUACGGUUACGGCUUAGCUAGCACAGCACAUUCACGUGGCCAUACAAAAUUAAUUGAAACAGUAAAUGCAAAUGCAAAACAAAAACAAACAAAAAAAAUAUACGAUAGCAAACAAAAUUUAAUGCGAAAUCUUACCAGUUGGCAACACAAUAAUUACAAAUUAUUAAUUAUAAUUAAAUUAUGUAUGUACUACUAACUAAAUUUACAAUGUUACUAAAUUAACAUAGUACUUUCCAUGCGUUUCCAAUUCAAGAAUGUCUGCAAUCGCGUCUACUUUGAAUUCGAUUCUGCAGACAAAAAAAAAAAAAGAAAAGAGAAAACAUAAUUUGGUAACAUGUCAAUCCAACAUAUUAAUCAGCUAGUUAUCCAUAUUACAUACACUUACAUAGAUAUGUUGAGAUUUUUCUGCUUUCUCGUUCAUUGUUCAUUGUUGUAAUUUCUUAAUUUUCCAUUGCGCUCUCUAGGCAAUUUCUAUAUAGUAUACCCAAAUCAUAUACCUACAAUUAUUGUAUACCCUUUACUCAGAUAUUUGUGCAAAAACAAUACUCCCCACACUCUUAUCCUUAAGGCGGCAUAUUAACUGAAAGGAAAUCUGUCUUAAUCGUUCGUUCGUUCGUUGUAAAAUUUUUCGAUAAAAAAAUCUAUUCAAAUUCAAGGAUGUAACAAAACAAAA